AUGUUCUCCCAAAGGAUGCUUACCCCGGAAGCCUCACCGGAACCCGAGCCCCGAGCCUCGGGAUUGUGGCAGCCAAAAGCCACCACCACCACCACCACCGCAACACCAUCACAAAAACGAAAGCGUUCAUGGCCCUUCACAACAACGCGCCCAGUCAGCCCCCCUUCCUCCUCCUUGGGGACUGACCUCCUCUCCAGCAGCACCAGCGUCAAGGCGCUGUGGGAGAACGGCUGGAAGUCCGCCGCCAGGAAGGCCCUGCCCCCGUUCCAGGACGCAGACUACGACGACAUCGAGCCGAUCUUCGACAGCCUGAUCGACAGCGGCAUCGACGACGCCACCUCGCCCGAGUACACCCUCGCCUUCUACCCCAAGGCGCACGACCUGGCCCUGCGCGCCGAGAACGCGCUCCUGCAUCACAGCGACACCGCCCUGGCAGCGGCGCUGUACCUCCGCGCCUGCGCCCUGCUGCGCGUAGCGCGGUACUCACCCCCUCCCACCUCACCACACUCCUCGCCAUCCCACUCCGCCUGCCCCGCCCGCUCCCGCGCCUGGCAGCUCCAGAAAUCCUACCACGCCAAGGCCGGCCGCCUGUGGGCCGACAGCCCCCUGGACGAGGUGACGAUCCCGCACACGCACGACGCGGCCACCCAGCCCGACCCGUCAUCCUCCGCCGCCGCCUCGGCGGGCGUGCGCGACCGCGGCGACAGCGCCUCCAGGGCGGCGGUGAGGGCCAGCCGCCCGCAGAUCCCCCUCGCCGUGCGCCUGCCGCCCCGCACCCUCGCCACCGGCGCCCCCUGCCCGGCCGUCGUGGUCGCCACGGACGACCGCACCGCGCACGCGGCGCUGUGCGGGGCGCUGCUCGCGCGCGGGUGGGGGUGUGUUGUUGUCGAGGCGCCCGGGUGCGGGGACUGCCCGGUCCCCUCGCCGCGGAGCGGCGCCGAGGCUGAGGCGCUGUGGGCGUCCGUGCUGGAGUGGAUGUGGGCCAUCCGGGUGUUUGACAUGCGGCGCGUCGUCGUCUGGGCUGCUGGGGUGGAUGGCGCUGCCGGCCUCGCGGGGCUGCUUGUGGGCGGUGUUGGUGGUGCGCGGCGGGUGAGGGGGUGUGUCGCUGUCGCUGGGGCGGGCCCGUCUGUGUUGAGCGUCGCGGGUGGGGCUUCUGGGCGGGUUUUGGUUGUUUCUGACGAUCACGAUGCUGGUGUAGAGCUGAGCAUUGAGGCGGAUGGGCUCUGGACGCCUGUCGUGGGUGAUGAGCACCGCGAUGAUGAUGAUGACGAUGAGGGGCUUGUGCUUUUCGAGUAUGGAACUUUGGGCAUGGGUUCUGAGGCGGUUCGGUUGGCUGCUGCGAACGCUACGGCCGUAUAUGACUGGGUGGAGGAUCUUCUGAGCCUGGAUAUGGCGGUGUAA